UAGGCAUCACCUCUGUCAUGUAUCUGAACUGUAUGAGUGUUACUUGGUCGACUCGUCUGCAGAUCUUCCUCACCUUCUGUAAACUGUUGGCCAUCGCAGUCAUCAUCAUCCCAGGAAUGUACCAGCUGUUUAAAGGACAGACGUCCAACUUCAUUAAUGCCUUUGACAUGACUCAUGUUCAGAUAUCUGGGAUGCCUCUGGCCUUUUACUCUGGGAUGUACGCAUACUGCUGGAUGGUUCUAUUUAAACUUUGUAACAGAGGAAAUCGAAAACCCUGAGAGGUGAGUUCACUU